AAGAGAGAGAAAAAGAAAAGCAAUGGAAAGCUUAAACAUUUACUUCAUAUACAAUACAAGAAGGAGAGGUCAUACACAAACACAACCCCCUUCCCAUUUCACCUUCCUUUCCCAACCAUUUAUUAGAUUCCUCUCAAUGGACUUUUCUCUUUCCCAUAAGAUUGUACAGAUUCUCAGCUAAGAAAGAACCCAUCUCAAUCCCUUAUUUCUGGUUGAUUUUUUUUUUCUUCUUUUUUUUCUAUUUGGAGUGUUGUUUCUGAGACUUUGAGAACAGACUCUUCUUGGGUUUUUAGUUUUUCUGCAGAAUUUUCUCUGGGUAUCUGGUAGAAAAGUCUUCCAAACCCAGUAGAAUAUGUAUAUGCCAUUAAAGGGUUGUAGGGAAUAAUCUAAUUUUCUGAUUUUCUAUUUUUGUUGUAACUUUUUUCUUAGAAAACCAGUCGUUUGUCUUCUUUUUUUUUUUUUUUUUUUUUUCCCCUUUGAAAUUUCUUCUUUGAGAUUUAGGGAAAUAAAGAAAUAGAGAGACAUGGGCAAGCAAGGACCUUGCUAUCACUGUGGUGUUACAAGCACCCCUCUUUGGCGUAAUGGGCCUCCAGAGAAGCCAGUACUUUGCAAUGCAUGUGGUUCCCGGUGGAGAACAAAAGGAACACUAGCAAACUAUACUCCUCUACAUGCUAGGGCUGAACCUGAUGAAUUUGAGGAUUAUAGGGUUUCAAGAGUGAAGAGCAUAUCUAUAAAGAACAAAGAAGCGAAGGUUCUAAAAAGAAAGCAACAUCAUGAAAAUGCAGUAGUUGCCCCUGAUUAUAACCAGGGUUUUCGUAAGGGUCUUGAUGAAGAUACAAGUAAUAGAUCAAGUUCGGGCUCUGCCAUAUCCAACUCUGAAAGCUGUGCACCAUUUGGCAGUGCAGAUGCAAGUGAUCUGACAGGCCCAGCUCAGUCCAUUGUGUGGGACACAAUGGUACCUUCAAGGAAGAGGACCUGUGUCAGUCGUCCAAAGCCAUCUCCAGUCGAGAAACUUACUAAAGAUCUAUAUACCAUCUUACACGAACAACAAUCUUCUUACUUUUCCGGAUCUUCUGAAGAGGAUUUGCUUUUUGAGAGUGAUACGCCAAUGGUCUCAGUUGAGAUAGGACAUGGAAGUGUUCUUAUUCGACAUCCAAGCUCAAUUGCCAGAGAAGAAGAAUCUGAAGCAAGCUCCCUUUCAGUUGAUAACAAAUCACACCUGGCAAAUGAGGCGUAUUCUUAUUCUACUACUCUUCCUGUAAAUACUGAUAACAAGAAGGUUAAUUUUCGAAGUCCUGGGAUCCAAGAUAUCAAGAAGCCUAUUGGACAACGGAUGCAACAAGAGCAAAUGAAAAGGGACAAGACUCCACAUGAAAAGCUACAGAUUCUGGGAAAUCAUAAUUCACCACUAUGUUACAUAGAUCUAAAAGAUGUUCUUAACUUUAACGUGUUUUCCAGUCAUUUGACUAGUGAAGAGCAGCAGCAGUUGCUGAAGUGUAUACCUCCAGUUGAUACUGCCAGACUACCUGAUAGCCUCAAAAGCAUGUUUGAUAGCCCUCAGUUCAAGGAGAACCUAUCCUCCUUUCAGAAACUGCUUGCCGAAGGGGUUUUUGAUCUCUCUGUCUUAGGAGGGAAAACUGAAGAUUGUAGGACCUUGAAGAGACUUGCAUUAUGUAGUUUGACAAAAUCUAAGUGGGUGGAACAGUAUAAUCUACUCAAGGAUGUAAAAUAUAAAAACAGUAUUGGGGAUACAGUAGUUGCAGGAGGGCUUAAUGCCAUAGCAUCAUGUAGUUCAGUAAAUUUAAAGAGAUCGCAAGAUGGUCAACAUCAAAUUUAUCCAGGAGCGAAGAUGACAAUGAAGAGCCCCAAAAGGGUGAUGAUGAAGAGUAGCUACGAACACAAGGAAGUCAUAGACAAUGAUGGCUCUUGCUUUAGUCCAAGGAGCCUAUUUGCCUUGCCUCCUGAUAGUAGCUCUCUCAUGCUGGACUCCUUCCGUUAUGCAGAUGAAAGUUCUGAUCAAGAUCUGUUGCUGGAUGUGCCGUCCAACAGCUCUUUCCCACAGGCGGAGCUCCUUCUCCCAACUUCAAGUUUUAGUGCCCAAGCAAGUACCAUUAGUACCUCAGCAUGCCCAUAUCUUGCCCGCCAUUGACAAUCCUUGUCAAAACACUAUAAUCAGUAGGGCUAUUUUAGGCACCACUUUUGCCAAAACCGUAAUUGGGUUCCACAUAUUUUGCAUACAAAACAUACAAUAAUCUAUGUGAAUGAGGUGUGAAUGAGGUUUGAUGGUUGCUUUUUUUUUUUUUUUUUUUUUAAAGUAUAUUAAACUUGAGGUGCCAAGGGAUGAAAUGUGGGUGGGCUUUUUUGUAUAGGUUGACAAAAAGAUUGUAAUAUAUAUAACACAAAUUGCAGAAGAGGUUUAAUGUCCCCAGUUUUUGCUCA